AUGGUCCAGUUACGAGAAGAGGGCGAUAAGAUAGUUCGCAACGUGCAGUUUGAUGAUACGUUCAGGCAGCCGGUGGAGACGGACGGGUUCUACAACCGGCCGCCCGGCUCCGGCCGCUACCCGGUGCGGGUGGAGGCGCACCGCGCGCCCUACCGCGUCGACGACAACGGCAUCUACAGAGUCAGCAUUCAGCACAAGAACAUGUUAUCCGACGGCACGCUCGACUCCCUGCAGUACUGCAAGUGUGUCAGCAACCUUGACUGCCACCCGCGAGCCGACUCCCGGAGUGCUUGCGGAGUCGGGAAGUACCUGUGCUGUUACCCACAAAACAAAAAUAAAGUCCAUUCAACACACAAAAACCAAUACUUCAACGAAGUCGAGGACGACCGGCCGAUGCUACUGCCGGGACAAGAGAACUUAGCGCGCCCGUUCCCACCCCCGCCUGCCUCCGCACUCAACGGUCUGUUCGGCUCGUUCGGACCUGGACACGGCCACGACUCCUCACACAUCGGAGUCUUCGAGAAACCACUUGGAGUGCUCGUAGGUCCCGAUGGACCCACGGGAAUGGUGGGGCCACAAACCAAACACAAACAAGCUGGAGUUCUUGUUGGACCCAAUGGACCAACCGGCAUAGUAGGUCCAGUGUCAGACGGAGCGCAAAGCGAGACAGCACAGAGCGGAGUCUUAAUUGGUCCCGUCGGACCCUCGGGAAUAAUGGGUUCGUAUGGCCGCCGACCAGUGCUUGUGGGACCAGGUGGACCCACAGGAUUAUUGGGCCAUCCAGAGGCCGCAGCCCAGGCAUUCUAGUAGGGCCGGGUGGGCCUACUGGUAUCAUCGGCCCUGCUUAUGGCAGGCAACAAGGAAUCCUAACGGGACCAGGCGGCCCCACCGGUUCCAUCGGGCCAGGCCGACAAAUAUUAGUUGGUCCCAAUGGCCCCAGUGGUCAUGUUGGACCUCAAGGAUACUUCGGUAAAUAAUCGUGCCAUGUGUCGUGUGAUGACUAAUAGAUGUAUGGAACUAACAAGUUAUAAUGCUGUCGUUGACAUAUAAGACUAUGGAGUGUAAUAUGCACCACAACCAGUGUAAGUACAUGUAAAUAAUUAGAGUAAAUAAUAUUGAGUGUGGUCCUGUGACAACCGCGACAAACCCGAGCUGUGCACGCGGCGCUACCAGCUCGCAGUGGCCGCUGCGCUGAGUAGUGAGAGCCGACUGUUGCAGGCUGCGCGCGCAUCAAGCGGAAGAACGCCUCGACGGCUGGCACGACAAUGGAGCCCGCCGCGGCCGACGCACAGCCCACACCCCAAGAGCACACGAU